AUGGCCCGUCGUUUGACUCUGGAAUUGAAGCUGCAUAGGGUUAUCGUCAGCGGGCCCGCUCGCAAUGUGCCCGCCGAAGUGCACGUACGAGAAGAAGAGAAAGUACAAGAAGACCGCAACAUAAACCACCAUCGCUUCGACGAGAGCGAAUUAGAAGAGGACGAAGACGAUGAUCAAGGCGUAGACGAUGUUGAAGUUGAACAAGGAGGAGAACGUGGAGGUGAAGAGGGAGAGGGUAGUGAAGACGGGGAGUACAAUGAGGAUAGCGAAGACGAGGCUAGAGCAGACGAGGGUAGUGAAAGCGAGGAGUACGAUGAGGUUAGCAAAGACCAGGGUAGAGCAGACGAGGGUAGUGAAAGCGAGGAGUACGAUGAGGUUAGCAAAGACCAGGGUAGCAAAGACCAGGGUAGAGACGAAGAGGAGUACGUUGAGGACGGCGAGGAGGAAGUUUUUUUGUCGAAAGACGGCAAAAUCGAAUGGUCCUCGAAAACGUGUAACCCCAGUGCCCCCCGAGCCCAUCGCCGUGCCACCGAAAGAGACACAUACGAACUAGACCGAGGCCGAAGGGACCGAGACGGCCAACGCGCUUCUGGUUCCGCUCCGCCACCGCCGAGCCCGGGACCUACAGAGUACGCCGCGGAGCGCGUCAGCGACAUACUCUCAGCGUUCCAGCUGUUUGUCACUCAGCGAAUAGAGAAGACGGUGCUGUUCGCGACCAACCUCGAGGGCCGCAGGCGAUACGGCAAAGCCGGCGAGUGGAAAGCGAUGGACGCCACGGACCUGCGAGCCUACCUCGGGCUUCUGAUCCUCGCGGGCGUGUACAGGUCCCGCAACGAGGCCUUGGAGAGCCUGUGGCACGAGGAGAGCGGAAGGGCCAUUUUCCGCGCCACAAUGCCGGUCAAACGGUUCCACUUGUACUCGCGAAUGCUGCGCUUCGACGACCGCGAGUCGAGAGCCGAAAGACUAGCCACGGACAAACUGGCGGCCGUACGAGACGUGUGGGACGCAUGGACGCGCCGGCUGCCUCGCCUCUACGAGCCGGGCCCCGACGUGACUGUGGACGAGCAGCUGAUGCCCUUUCGAGGUCGAUGCGCCUUCCGCCAGUACAUGCCCAGCAAGCCUGCCCGCUACGGACUCAAGUCGUGGGUGGCCUGCGACGCCCGCUCCAGCUACGCGUGGAACAUGCAGCUCUACACGGGCAAGUCGGUGAGCGGCACGCCCGAGAAGAAUCUGGGCUCCCGCGUGUUGCUGGACGUGACAGAGGGCCUGCGGGGCCCACGCAACGUGACGUGCGACAACUUUUUCACCUCCUACGCGCUGGCCCAGCGGCUGCUCGCCGAGAGGCGCCUCACCGUGGUGGGCACGAUGCGCAAAAACAAGCCCGAGCUGCCGGGGGCUUUGCUCGCCACCAAGGACCGUGCUGUCUUUUCGUCCAAGUUCGCCUUCACGCCCAUCGCCGCUCUGGUGUCCUACGUGCCCAAGAGGCACAGGAACGUGGUGCUGCUGAGCACGCUGCACUCGGGCGACGAGCGGGUGAGCGCCGACAGGCAAGCCAAACCCGACAUCAUCCUCCACUACAACCGCACCAAGGGCGGCGUGGACAACCUGGACAAGCUCGUCGGCACGUACAGCUGCCGCAGGAAGACGACGCGCUGGCCCCUCGCCCUGUUCCACAACAUCCUCGACGUGUCCGCCUACAACGCCUUUGUGCUGUGGCGAGAGCUCAGGCCCGAGUGGAUGCGCGGCAAGCUCAACAGGAGGAGGGCGUUUCUCGAACAGCUGGGCAGGGCGCUUGUGACACCGCUCAUCGAGAGACGACGCCAUCUGCCCCGCACGGAGGCUUCGGCCGCGCUCGUCAGAGCCGUGGCGGCGAGGUCCGCGGAGGCGGCGAGGUCAGCGGGGGGCGGAUCCGGCGUUCGGCGAGGCCGCGACAAUCGAAACGACGUUGGGCCGACGGCAACGCAGACUGCGACGACGACGACGACGGCGACGAGGGCGCCGUAG